GGUUGUGAUGGGUUGACAGGUGCGUGACAAUCGGAGCUCUCUGCAAGCAUGUACGCCAAAGGCAAGAGUAGCAACGUGCCGUCGGACAGCCAAGCCAGAGAAAAGUUAGCUCUGUAUGUUUACGAGUACCUGCUGCAUGUAGGAGCACAGAAGUCAGCACAGACCUUUCUCUCAGAGAUCCGAUGGGAGAAGAACAUCACAUUAGGAGAACCUCCGGGGUUCCUCCACUCAUGGUGGUGUGUUUUCUGGGACCUGUACUGUGCAGCUCCUGAGAGGAGAGACACAUGUGAACACUCCAGCGAGGCCAAGGCCUUUCAUGACUACAGUGCUGCAGCAGCUCCCAGCCCUGUCCUUGGGAACCUUCCCCCAGGAGAGGGCAUGCCAGUGGGACCAGUCCCUCCAGGGUUCUUUCAGCCAUUUAUGUCACCUCGAUACCCCGGAGGACCCAGACCACCCCUCAGAUUACCCAAUCAGGGACUUGGAGGAGUCCCAGGUAGCCAGCCUAUGUUACCUAGUGGGAUGGACCCCACAAGACAGCAAGGACAUCCAAAUAUGGGAGGACCGAUGCAGCGGAUGACUCCACCCAGAGGCAUGGUACCGCUGGGGCCCCAGAACUAUGGAGGUGGAAUGAGACCACCACUGAAUGCCCUGGUUGGUCCUGGGAUGCCUGGCAUGAACAUGGGACCUGGUGGGGGUAGACCUUGGCCAAAUCCUCCAAACUCCAAUUCGACCCCUUACUCCUCUGCAUCUCCAGGAAGUUAUGUGGGACCUCCAGGAGGCGGAGGGCCACCUGGGACCCCAAUAAUGCCAAGUCCAGCAGAUUCAACCAACUCCGGCGACAACAUGUACACUAUGAUAAACACAGUCCCUCCGGGUGGAAGCCGACCAAAUUUCCCUAUGGGUGCAGGUGGGGAUGGUCCAUUAGGGGGAAUGGCUGGAAUGGAGCCCCAUCACAUGAAUGGAUCAUUAGGGUCAGGUGAUAUGGACAGUCUCCCUAAGAACUCUCCUGGUAACCUCAGCAUGAGUAACCAGCCAGGAACCCCCAGGGAGGAUGGAGAGAUGGGAGGAAACUUCCUUAACCCUUUUCAGAAUGAAAGUUAUUCUCCAAACAUGACAAUGAGCGUGUGAAGACUUGGGAAGCAGGUUGGUCAGUCGCUCAGUAAGCUGGUGUGGACUGGUGAAAAGCAGAGAGACUGGAUGUGGUGUCAUCUAGGCCAGUGACUCUUCCUCCACCACCGCCUACCUAGUCAGGACAGUUGCCCCAGGCUCCGUCCUUCUACUACCCCACCCUGACCCUCACCUCCACUUCCCCUCCCCCUUUCAUGGUUUCUGUCCACGUCUCUUCUCUGCUGUUUCUUCUCCCGUUCUAAGUGGUGACUCUGCUACAUUCAUCAGUUCUUCCUCUGCAACUAUGAGACUGUACAAAGGAACCAAAUUGAAAAAAACCCGGAGGAGAACUCUUUGUAUAUUUGCAUAUGGUGUGUAUGAGACUGUGCACACGCUCCAGUCACAGACAGAUGUUUCUGCCUUUUGCAUCAUGUCAUGGAGUUCAUACCCAAAAACAAAAGGCCAGUAUCCUAUUUAUCGUAAAGUUUAAAUUUCCAAGGAUUUAAAGAGAUAAAGACACUUUUUGAUUGAUGGUAAAAAAUUUAAUCUAACUGGCUGUCUAACAUGGAACAUCUUUCGUCUUUACCUGACAAAUUACUUUGUCCCUUACUGGAAGAGAAUUGGAGAGACAUCACAAUCAUAUUACCAUGAGGUUUUUAAUCAAGGCUUGUGCAGAUAUUUGUAAAAUCUUUUCAACUUUUGUGGUUGUCUAAAUCUUUAAGACCCCAAACAUUGUGUUUUAUGUUUUAUACUGUGGGUCUACAAAGUUUUCUUUAAUUUCCAUCACAAUCAGCCACAAAUGUGGAAAAUGUAAGAUCUUUCAUUCUGCCUCGCAUCUGUUUCGUUUGUGAGGUCUGAUGAGGCAUAUGAAGUGCAGAUCAAAGUCAACUCUUUGUUCAGACUUUAAUCAUAAUUUACAGAAAGACUUCAGCACAACCUGAAAUAUUUGAUUGCACUGAAUGGUUACUGAGAAAAGAGAGCUUUGUCCAAGGCUUAAAGUGAAACUAUAUAACUUUUGAACAGCAGCCACUGUUGCUAUGAGUGGCAAUUUACAGGAUAAUGGUUCAUGAUGAUGAUGUCAAAACAGCAGUUCAACAGCAGCAAAAGCUGAGAAGAGUCAUAAAUUCUGAAGUGGCUAAGUAACGUCUAUUAUGGAGCAAUAUCAAGCUAAAGUUUGUAACAUUAGCUAACAUUUAGCAACCAAAAGCUGAUAGUGAUACCAAGGCUGUAGAAGCAAAACCCUUGAGUGAAUUGAAUUGAGCAAUGGUGCGUUAAAUUGUUUAUGAAUUCAACUAUCCAUUUGUAAGACGAAGAAUGUUAUUUGAUUUUUCAAAAGUUAAAUAGUCUCUCUUUAAAUCAGACUAGAUCAGUCCUUAUGCUAACUGUAAAUUAAUUAGUGAGAGCAGAAAGGAUAAUACUGGGGAAGAAGGUUCGCACAAAGGCCCAAUAGCAUAGCGUGCUAAUACCCAAUAGCACUGUACAGACUGAAAGUUUGGCCACUUUUUUUCUCCCAAGUAAGUGAUCUUUCUGCAUUCAGCAGAUUACCUUUGUUGCGAUUCAGACUGCUUUAGAUGUAGACAGCAAAAGAUAAUUGAUUUUUCUUAUGUGAAGAUGUUAUCUAACAAGAGGGGACACUGAAUCUGUAGUCAGAUAGUUUGUUGCUUUUGUCUGCUGAUGCCUCUCUCACCUCGAGUUCUUUAAACCUGGAUUCAAAUGAUUUAUCAGUCUACGUCACAGUCUACUGUACAAAUAAUGUUAAAACCGGAGAGAGAGAGGGGGAGAAAUCAAAGACAGAUCCACUGUAUGGAUGAUAAACGGUAAGACACAAGCUUAGAAAAGUCACUUUGGUCACUCAUACUUUAUUGUCAUCCGGAUAAACUGUGAUCUCAGUGUGAUAUGAAAGGUUGGUUGGUACAGAAAGCUAUACUGAGCUUGUUUUUAAAUCAAUGUUUUAAACUUUUUUCACUGCCCAAGAUGUAUUAUCAUCAUGUAUAAAAGGUCAAUAUGCCUGUGAACAUUCUCCUUUCCCCUCCCUUACUGCAAAGUGUACAGCUCACAAAUGUAGCUCCUCUGUCUUGUAUGUGUAUUUGAUAUUAUUGUUAUUAUUUAAAGAAAAACCUGGAGAGAAUUGUCGCCAAAGGGAGCGAUGGACUGAUGACGCACCAUCACAACUGAACAGAGAUUUUUAUUUUCUUUUUCUUUUUCGUUAGAUUGAAGCCAUAAGUGGGAGUACAAGAAGAUGCAUUUGUAAAUUGGAUCAUGUUUUCUGUUUUGUGGCAGUAUGUGGGACUCCAUUUGUGAUGUGUUCAUUUUCUCUUUUUUAUUCUUGUAUUAUGUUUUUGUAAAUACAGAGAAGUAUUUCAUGGGUUUUGAAUAUGCUGGUAUAAAGCUUCUCUUCCCUUA